AUGGGAGCUUUGGAAUCGAUUAUUCUUGAAUGUUUUGAUGACCUCGAUCAUAUGAAGAAGAGAACCACUUUCAGAUUUAUAGCCAAGAAUUUUAUGGUUGAUUAUAGACAGAGGAAAGAGGAAGAGAGAGAAAGACUGACACAAACUUCCAGUAGAGGCCCGCAAUACCAUGUAGUAGUACAUCUCCGUAAACCACACGCUUACAUCUCCCAAUCCAUCGGCGCCGGAGGUGGUGGUGAUGAAAAAGAAGCACCCGGUGGAGCACUCACUACCACCGCCGUGUAUUAUGUCAACACCGACGAACAAUACACCACUCCGGCGAGUCCGGCUACCAUAGCUCACAGUCCUAGUGUUUACGAUUCUUUAGAAGGGUGUGAUUUGUUCUCCGGCAAAUGGGUUCACGACAACGAUUCUUAUCCUCUAUACAAAGAACAAGAAUGCCCUUAUAUUCCUGGUGAGUUUGCUUGUGGACAAUAUGGAAGAAUGGAUUCCAAGUAUCAACAAUGGAGAUGGCAACCCCAUGCUUGCAACCUUCCAAGAUUUGAUGCCAAACAAGUUCUUGAGAAGCUAAGGGGUAAACGAAUAAUGUUUGUCGGAGAUUCAGUGAAUAGGAACCAAUGGGUGUCGAUUGUUUGUAUGCUUCAAGCUGUCAUUCCUCCAGGGAGGAAGAAGAUGCACAAGAUCCAGGAAGUUAAACAAGUUCAGGAUGUCUCGUUGCUCACCUUCAAAGCAUUUGAUUAUGACGUUUCGAUUGACUUCUAUUGGGCUCCAUUGUUGGUUGAAUCUAAUGCGGAUCACCCAACAAAACAUAAAAGAACUGAUCGCGUAGUUCAUAUCCACUCGAUAGAGAAACAUGCAAAAAAUUGGGUUAAUGCAGAUGUGUUAGUUUUUAACUCAUAUCUUUGGUGGGGGACACCUACACUAAAAAUCUUGUAUGAUUCACUUGAAGAUUCUACAAAAUACAACGUAGUCACCAACCAUCGUGCCUAUAAAAUGGUUCUAAGAAUAUGGUCAAAAUGGGUGCGUACUCAUAUAAACCAUGCAAGGACUCAAUCCUACUUCAUGAGUAUGACUGCAACACACCACAAGGGCAUAGAUUGGGGCAUGCAAGACAAUGACAAUUGUUUAAAUGAGACGGAGCCAGUAACAAAAGAACACUUUUGGGAAAGUGGUUCAGAUUUAAAAAUGAUGAGAACAUUAGAGUUGACAUUAAAGAAUUUAAAAGAAAGAGGGGUUGAUGUGAAAAUGGUGAAUAUAACACAAUUGACACAAUAUAGGAAAGAUGGGCAUCCAUCUAUUCAUAGGUGUCCCAGAUAUUUGGAAUGAGCUACUCUUAGCUUAUAUUCUUCGAGGACUAAAAUAAAAUUUAUUUCUUUGGACAAAGUCGUAUAUAUAGUAAUAUGUAAACUUCAAGUAGAUUAAUUUGUUAUUGUGGUUUACUGUGAAACAUGAAUCUUAUAAAUAUAUAGUGAUC